GAAUUAUUAUUCACUGAACUAUUGUCACUGAUAUAUCAUAUCCGUUACUAUUGUACAACAAGUUUGUAAGUCAAAAGAUGGCGAUUCAAAUCAGACUGACUCGGUUAAACGUAAAUUCUUAAUUAGGAGCUUUGCAACGAAUCGAAAGUAAAAUUAUACAAUAGAUCAUAACGCGGAAGAAUAUUAUGAUUCGUUGCCAGAGCAUGCGGAUUGAAAAAGGUCCUCUAUUUUUAACAUACGCCGAAAAUGGAACGUGAGGGCUGCAACGUUUUGUUCGAAAGCAUUGAUGGAUUUGCACGUAUGGCAGAAGAGCAGUCUGACAAGGAUGCCGCUUCAACUUUGAGAGGAUUCCUAGAGUAUGUCGACACCUUCGCGAAUGCAAACACUAAAAUCAAGAGCAAGGAUUCGAUAAAGACAGAAGAUGCUAGCGCUGCUGAUGUGAUUCAGCAAAAAUUCACAAACACGAAUCUUACAGAUUUAAUGGAAAAAGAAACUAUGCUAAAAUCAGCCGUACAAUACAUCGCUCUGGCAGAAAUGCAAGGUCCGUUCAACGAAGGGAACACAGAAGAAGAUUGGCAGCUGAAUGAAAGAAAUCAGACCCUAUACCGCUGCGCAAUAUGUCAGGUUCAAUUUUCGAGUCGUGUUUCACUGGACAGGCACAUCGUAGACUUGCACCUAGGUACAACAGGCCGUUUCCAAUGCGAUGUUUGUCAUAAGGAGUUUUCCCGUGUAUCAGAUUUAGCCAGGCACAAGCUGAUACACACAGGCGUGAAGCCAUUCCAAUGCAAUACUUGCCAGAAGCAAUUUUCCCGACAGGAUCAUCUUAAGCAGCACAUACUUAGUCAUUCGCAAUGUUCGGAUGGCGAGUUUUUUGCCUUCGACAACGGCUUGAACAGAUGCACAAUAUGCCACAAACAGCUUUCUCGUCCUCAGCACCUAAGGACCCACAUGCGUCAGCAUUUGGGCACACUGUUCGAGUGCGACAAAUGUAGCAAAAGAUUUUCUCGGGCUUCGCAUCUCAGAGCUCACAUGAGACUCCACUUGGGUACGUGUUUUAGAUGUGAGAUAUGCCAAAAGGAAUUCUCCCGACCAUCUGACUUAGAUAGACAUAAACUUACACAUCUGGAUAAGAAAUUAUUUGAUUGCCCCACGUGCCAGAAAAAGUUCUCCAGAAAAGACAACUUGAAAAAGCACAUGCUUUCCCAUGUUGAAUCGAUACCGACAAACCAAGAAAGCCAUGAAAACACUGGCUUCGACAUAAAUAUGGGCGAUGACAAUUCUUGUUUAAAUUUAAGAAAGAGUUUCCCAUUGCCAUCGCACGUAGAAGGACACACAACUAGUCCCGAGAGCAACACAAGGUGCCACGAAUGUCAUGUUUGCCGAAAGCAUUUUGCAAGGAAAGACCAUCUGAAGAGACAUAUCGCCUCACACAAGAUCUGCCCCCAUCAUCAGAGCCCAAAUUGUGCAGGUUGUCAGGCGGUGAAAGAAGAGACAUUGCUGCAGGUAGAUUCGGCCACUUAUGAGUGCAGGGAAAGAUCGAGCAACUGCGACCUCUGCAGUGUACAAUUUGCCAGCACAUAUAAUUUUGGAAAUGACGUUUGCGCGCAUAACUGGCGGGACAAAAGAUUUGAGUGUGCGGUUUGCGAGAAGCGUUUCAACAAAAAGGUUCGAUUAAAAGAACACGUUCGCAGUCAUGGGGAUCAAAAGUUUUCUUCGUUUAACGGUAGAGACAAGGAAGAAAACAGGUGUAAUAUAUGCCAUAAACAAUUGUCACGACCCGAACACUUGAAAGCACACAUGCGGUUGCACUUAGGCACACUCUUCAAGUGUGAUUCAUGUGGAAAAGAGUUCUCCCGAUUGUCAGACUUGGACAGACACAAACUAGUGCACUCGGGACUCAAACGAUUCAUAUGCAUCAUUUGCCAUAAGCAGUUUUCCCGCAAGGAUUACUUGAAGAAUCACAUGCUAUCGCAUGCCAAUCAAAAGUCGUUCGAAUGUGACAAGUGUAAAAAACGAUUUAUGCAUUUCUCUAAUUUAAGAAAUCACCUUCAUCUCCAUCUAACUGAGUAACUGAAUAAUUUUGGCAAUUGUUUUUGAUGAUAUAGUGAUGAAUAGAUACACAAGUAUCUAAAACUUUUUUUACACUGUUCAGUGUAGCUAUCGGCACUCAUAUUUUAUAAAACAAUUAGAAUUAUGAGAGAAAUUGGUGAUCAAAGAUAACAUAAGCAAAGUUUAUCUUCUUCAUCUCGCUUUUGUUUAAGGGGUCAUUCUAGUCUAGAGGCUUAAACUUGGG